AGAAGAGACCCCCUCAUUUCUCUCAUUUUACCCCACCCCAGGUGCAAGGAGGGUUUUAUUUUUCCGCGGACGGUUCGAGAAGGCUGAGAGGCAGGUCUCGGCUGCCCCAGGCCCGGAAGGACCAUGCGACUGGGAUCCGUGCUAGCCGCCGCCGCCACCAAGCUCCCUCGCGGCUACCGCUACGGCAUGAGCCGGCCCUGGACGGUAACCGCCCAGAAGAGGAAUCCCCCGGGACGCCAGCGCAGAAAGGUGUUUGUGGAGCCCCUAGCUCAGGACGAGUGGAAGAUCUUCCGAGGGGACACGGUGGAGAUACUCAAGGGCAAGGACGCCGGGAAACAGGGGAAGGUCAACCAGGUGAUUCGAGCUCGGAAUUGGGUGGUCCUGGAGGGACUCAACACGCAUUACCGUUAUGUCGGCAAGUCAGGAGAUCACUGGGGAACAUAUAUCGCCAGCGAGGCGCCGCUUCUGCUCCAUGACGUGGCACUCGUGGACCCCAGCGACCGGAAGCCGACGACGGUGGACUGGAGGUACACAGAAGAAGGAGAGAAGGUCAGGGUGUCUACCCGCUCCGGGAGAAUCAUUCCCAAACCCGUGUUCCAGAGGAGAGACGGGGUUGUGCCAGAGCAGUGGAAAGAUGGGCCAAAGGACACCAGUGUUGAGGACACGCUGGAGAAGACAUUCACACCUGUUCUGAAAACCUUUGAGGAAGACGUUAUGGAGAAAAUGGGAAUAAGCGAAAGCAGCAGGCCUCGGAAAUCAUACUGGUACUAGGCCCAUGGAGGACAUGCUGGUGCCCAGGGGAGAUGAACAGCAAGUGACAGGAGGAAUGGCUAGUUUACCCGCGAGCUAGCUGUAUUUAAUUAAUUCUGUGAAAUUAAAGGACUCAUUCUUAUUG